UCGAUUUCUUCUUCGCGAUGCAAACGCAAAAUUGAGUUGAAUUGAAUCGAACGACGAUCGAACAACGAUCACACGAACGAGAUGAAGUCUUCCAUAAUUUUACUGUGUCUGGUGAUGUGUUCAGUGCCGCUUGUAAUGACACAAGUACAAGCACAUGUAUUGCCCUAUCCGGGCGACUGCACCAAGUAUCAACAAUGCGAUAACAGCGGCUGCUUUGUCAUGUCCUGCGGCAUAGGAACGGAAUUCAAUCCGGCUAUAGGUACCUGCGACUAUCCACUGAGAGAUCGUUCGGGUUGCAAUAAUCGCGGAUGAGAGAUUUCACCCGCAACUUCAGCUAGCGGCGCUUGCGAAGAUACGGGAAAUCCAUUUUGUCCGAUUACCUCCGCUUCUGUUUCGGACGUGUGGAUUUUAACUUUGUUUUCACAUUGUGUUCAAAAUAAAAUUAUGAUAUUGCUUUAAAAA